CUUGCUGCUCGCUGAUAGGCAGUGGGAGGAAGAGUCAGCUGGGAUGAGACAGCUGAUUUCCCCAUGACUGAUGGUGACACUCCAUGUUACAUGUGAUGCUUGUUCCAUCUUCGUCAGUCUGUAUGUCAUUGACUCAUUUUUUUUCAGCUAUGUGUCAGGAAAAUAAGCCUUCUCUGCAACAACAGUAAGAUCAGAAGAAGUGUGAAGCCCAAGCAGUGCUGUGCAUCCCAUCUGUCCUGUGGUAGGGUUAUUCCCCAGGCUUCACACACCAGGUUUUCCCCCCUCACUUCAGGAAUUGCCAGCGUUGCUGAUCUGAAUUGCCUUAAAACAUUAUUUUUUUUUGUGGAGUCCUGGCUCUCUGGUACCAUUUGCCUUGCUUUCCUAUCCUGCAUCUUCCAGCAGCUGCGUCCAGGAUCCUCUCUCAGAGCAAUAAGGCACUGGAGCAUGGAGAAUUUUCGAGCAAGACUGGGGCACCUCUCUGCCGCUGGUAGGAGAGCCCAUGUCUACUGUGAAGACUUUCUGUUCCCAAAGGUGCGCAGGACUGUGGCAGAACUAUGGUCGGUUUACUCCAAGCCUGUCCCAGCAAAUGGCAGAGAGCUGUGGACCUUGUUUCUGCAGUGUUCCUGCGUUACAGCGGUGAUAGGAGGCCUCUUUUACAACUGGAUGUUUGCUUCCCUGGAGUACUCCUGGCAUCUGUCCGUUGCAAUGGCUGUCUCCUUCAGUCUGCUCCUUCUCCUCACCCUUUUCUUGGUGCAUCCUGCCCGUUGUGUCUUCAGUAUGAUCAUGCCUACGUUAGGUACCAAAGAAGGCCGGAAGCUUCUCUUGUCAACCUGCACCAUGAUAGUAGUGGUUAACAUAACUCCCAACAUCAUAAGCAACAUUAAAACCAUACUGCAGCUUAUUAAGUGCAUCUGCAAGAAUUCCUCUGAGAGUCUUUUGAACUCAACUGCUCUGCUAGAGACGGCUUCCUGGGAGUUUGGGGAUGCAAUACAAGAAAACAUUCAUUCCAUUAAUAUUUAUAGACCUAUGAAUGGACAUUUUCAGUUUUCACUGCUUAAGAACAGCUCCUUGAUUUACCAACAAAUGCACCUUGCUGGUGAGAAAAUUGGGAGGGACUUUUUGGCUGUUGAGGUACUGGUCAAAGACUCUGUACGAGUAGGCAACAAGCUGGUUGCUGGCCUCUCCAUGCUCUAUCUCUGUUUUGAGUCCACCUGGUAUUUGAAAAAUUACCUCACCAACCUCCGCUUUGACAAUUUUUACAUCACCAAGAAGCUGGAGUGCUUAGCUGUGGACAGAAAAGCAACUCAUCUGCUGGUGGGCCCAUUCAAAAACCUCAUUCGACCAACAGGCUUGAAGUUGUCCCGGGAAGAAGUGAUGCUGUGCCUCAUGCAAGCCAUGCUCCUCACCGUGGCCCUGAUGCUGAUGCUGGUGGUCGUGGCAUUGGACCACUUUGCGUUCAGCGUGGCAGACACUGCAGUGAGAAAGGCAGCUCAGUUCUCCAAGGUGCCCGUCACUCUCAACAUCAAAUACAGUGCUAAAAUAGGGAUUCUGCCCUUUUUUUGGAAACUUUUAAAACUUCCUUACAAAGAAUUACCACUUCAGGACUUUGAAGGAAGCUACCACCAUUAUCUGAUCUUCAGCUCUGCCCACUGCAGGAUCAGCCCUCCGAUGCCUCCCAACCCCUCUGUGCUGCUCGUCGUGGGGCUGCUCUUCUGUAUCCUCUAUGCCACUGUAUUUCUGGAAACCUAUGCACACCGCCUGUGCAGAAAAAUCGCAGGCUCCUUCUUUGAGAGUCAGGAGGAGAAGCGGGCACUUUACCUCUACAAGAAGCUGUCCAGGAAGCACAAGGAGGAAAAAACCUGUGUGAGAAACUAAGGGUACUUUUGGAAAUGCAAGGGAUGCCUGAGACCUGUGGCAGUGGCUGGGCACAGGCUUGUGGAGUGGGAUCAUGUGUUUAAUUUUCCAGAGUCAGAGAGUGAAGUCUGGGGGAAAAUAUUUGCUCCCCCCCCAAAAAAAGGUGAAAUGUCACGUGUUGCAUUAAUUUGAGAAAAAUGGGCUACAUUUACUUCCC